GCGCCUCAGACAUGGACGGGACAGAGAGGAGUCGGAAGAGCUGCGCUGAGACGGAUCAGGCGCAACAGCCCAUGAUGGAACUCAAUGGAAAGGAUAAGAGUGACUCGCCGUCAGAUAGAGUCACGCUUAAAAAAGAAAUCGGACUCCUCAGCGCAUGUGCCAUUAUUAUUGGUAACAUCAUUGGGUCGGGGAUAUUCAUCUCUCCUAAGGGUGUUUUGGAGCACGCUGGUUCGGUGGGUCUGUCCCUCAUCGUAUGGGUGUGCGGAGGGGGUAUCUGCGCCCUGGGGUCCAUGUGUUACGCUGAGCUGGGCGUCACCAUUCCCAAGUCAGGGGGAGACUACUCCUACGUCACGGAGAUAUUCGGAGGACUGGUGGGGUUCCUGCUCCUAUGGAGCGCGGUUCUCAUCAUGUACCCCACCACCCUGGCUGUCAUAGCUCUCACCUUCUCCAACUAUGUCCUGCAGCCGGCCUUCCAGAACUGUGUCCCUCCAUACUUGGCUACCAGGCUUCUCUCCACCAUCUGCAUAUUGUUCCUGACGUGGGUAAACUGUUCCAGCGUGCGCUGGGCCACCAGGAUCCAGGACGUGUUCACGGUGGCCAAGCUUCUGGCUCUGGGACUCAUCAUAGCUGUGGGACUGGUGCAGAUCUGCAGAGGUCACUAUGAUGCUCUGAGACCCAGUCAGGCGUUUGAGUUCACACGGGACCCGUCUGUCGGUCAGAUAGCUCUGGCUUUCCUCCAGGCCUCCUUCGCCUUCAGCGGCUGGAACUUCCUGAACUACGUCACUGAGGAGGUGGUGGAGCCACGCAAGAACCUGCCCCGGGCUAUCUACAUAUCCAUUCCCCUGGUGACGUUAGUCUACACUCUGACCAACAUUGCAUACUUCUCCUCCAUGACCCCGAAGAGCUGUUGGCAUCAACGCCGUGGCUG